ACGUCAUCUCUUCUCCUUUCUCCUAAUUCCCUCUCCCGACCUGCUUUCUCUGGUCACCGUCUCUCUCUGUAUUUUACACUCCUCAGCCUCUGUGUGCUAAUCUACCGUCUUUAGAACUAGUUUUUCCUUUCUCUUUUCUACAACUGUUUAAAUCCCAGUGAAGAAUUUGCCUGCUGCGGCCACACCACAUUCUGUCGAAGAUUUUUUCCCAGAAUAAUUUCAAGAAAAUUUUUUGAAUUCUUCAAUUGGGUUGGUGUUUGCUUGGAUACCGAGAAAACCCAGAACUUGAAACUGGUGUUUUUUUUUUUUUCUCUUCUAGGGUUUUUUCGCUUGUAAACAAAUGGCCUCAUAUAGGCCGUUUCCUCCACAAUCCUCCUUUCCUCCUCCACCGCCACCGCCAAAUCAGAAUCCUCUCCCACCACAACAGCAACAUUAUCCGCCAAACUCUUCAUUCCCCCACCAGAUGAACCCCAAUUCGAAUUACCAGCAUUACCCUCCUUCGAGGCCCCAACAACACCCGCCUCCGCCUCCGCCUCCUCAGCAACAGUAUUCUUAUCCACCGCCUCCUCCACCUCCGGACUCGUCCUAUCCACCACCACCACCUCCUCCUCUGAAUCAGAUGAGUUCACAGCCACCUAUGUUCUAUCCUUCUUCACAGUAUACAUCACAAUAUGGAAAUCAAUCAAUGCAGCCACCUCCUCCCCCACCUCCUCCCUCUUCUCCUCCCCCUGGUUCUGUGAUCCCACCACCACCUCCACCAAGUUCUCCCCCACCACCGCCUCCUAAGGAUAGUGGUGGAGAAAAGGGAAUGAGUGAGCGCAACAAGGGGGUGUCAGGGUCUGGGAGGCGAGAGCAUGGACAUUCGAAUCAUGGUGCUGCAGCUAAGCAGCAGAAGCCACCAUUUCCCCCAGGGAAGAAGCCAACUGAGCAUGUGGGAAGAGUGGAAACAGAAGAAGAGAGGAGGUUGAGGAAGAAGAGGGAGUUUGAGAAGCAAAGGCAAGAGGAGAAGAACAGGCAGCAGAUGAAAGAAUCACAAAACUCAGUGUUACAGAAAACACAGGUGACAUCUUCUGGGAAGGGCCACGGGUCCAUAGUUGGGUCGCGAAUGGGGGAUAGGAGGGCAACGCCACUUUUGAGUAGCGAGAGAAUCGAGAAUAGGUUAAAGAAGCCAACUACAUUCUUGUGCAAGUUGAAGUUCCGGAAUGAACUUCCCGAUCCAAGUGCACAACCAAAGCUCAUGGCAUUGAAGAAAGAUAAAGAUCGAUUUACAAAAUACACUAUCACAUCUCUGGAGAAAAUGUACAAGCCCCAACUUUUUGUUGAGCCUGAUCUUGGAAUACCUCUUGACCUGCUUGAUCUCAGUGUUUACAAUCCACCAAUUGUUAGACCGCCUCUUGCCCCAGAAGAUGAAGAACUCUUGCGUGAUGAUGAAGCUGUUACACCUGUAAAGAAAGAUGGUAUAAGAAGAAAAGAAAGGCCUACUGAUAAAGGUGUUUCUUGGCUGGUCAAGACACAGUAUAUAUCUCCACUUAGUAUGGAAUCAGCAAAACAGUCUCUGACUGAAAAGCAAGCAAAAGAAUUGCGCGAAAUGAAAGUAGGAAAGAACAUUUUGGAGAACCUUAAUAACAGGGAAAGACAAAUAAAAGCAAUCGAGGCAUCAUUUGAAGCUUCCAAGUUGCCUCCUAUUCAUGCAACCAAUAAAAAUUUAAAGCCUGUUGAAGUUAUGCCUUUAUUUCCAGAUUUUGAUCGGGAAAAUGAUCAAUUUGUGUUAGUCUCCUUUGAUAAUGCUCCAACUGCUGAUUCAGAAAUCUAUGGUAAGCUGGACAGUUCUACUCGUGAUAAGCAUGAAGCAAAGGCUGUAUUGAAAAGCUAUGCUGCAAUUGGCUCUGAUCAAGCUAAUCCAGAGAGAUUUUUGGCAUACAUGGUCCCCUCUGUGGAUGAGGAAUCUAAAGACAUCUAUGAUGAAGAUGAAGAUGUUUCAUAUUCUUGGAUCCGCGAGUACCAUUGGGAUGUACGAGGUGAUGAUGCAGAUGACCCAAAUAACUUUCUUGUUUCCUUUGAUGACGGAGAGAGAGUAGCUCGCUAUGUGCCUCUUCCCCAGAAGCUUAAUUUAAGAAAAAAGAGGGCCAGAGAAGGAAGGUCUGGUGAUGAGAUUGAACAUUUUCCUAUACCUUCCAGUAUUACGGUUAGGAAGAGAUCAGAUGUUAGUGUCAUAGAACCAAGGGAUCAAGGGGUUUACUCCAACUCAAGGGGUGGUGUGUCUAACUCAAGGGCAGGAAGGUUAGAUGCUGAAGAUGGCAUUGGCAGAUCACACAGGCUUUCACAUCACCAAGAUAUCGAUCAGUACAGUGGUGGUGAAGACGAGUUGUCUGAUUGAGUGGUGCAUGCAGAAAUCCUCCCAAGUUUUUGUAGCUCUUUUGCAGUUACUAGCUAGGAUUUAUAUCUGGAGACUACAGUGAAAUAAUUUUAUUAGUGAUUGAUAUAUAACCUUCUUUGUGCUUUGCUAUCCUUUAUGGGUAGUGCUAUUUUCAAUCUUUUUAGAGAAAAAGAAUAGUAUGUGAGUGUGGAUAAUAUAUAGAAGCUUUUCUU